UCUUGUUGGAGGUAAGUCCACUCAUAUUUGCGCGUCCGCUCUUCAAAGCCGCCAACAUCGGUUAGGCCACACAUACGUACCCUGAAGCGUUCAAUGGUCUGCUGAAAGCAUAUCAGAGGUUGGGAGAGAAUACACCUGCUCCAAUUCACAUGCAAGCCUCAUCAGAAGAUCGAACCGAGCAGCGGGAUCUUGGUGGGCAUCUCUUUCACAAUUUCUUCGAAUUCCACAGGCUCGCGUUGCGCUAUUUCAAAAAGCCCGCCUGGAAGCAACUAUUCUCAGCCACUUGGAUGCACCUGGAAGUGCAAUUGAACGCAUCCGUUGCAACCCUAGGAGAGUACAAAGCGCUACUCCAGGACCAAGCUCGGGCCCAAGAAUUGAAUGAGUCUCGAUGCCACAUAACGCAAGCCAACACGUACCUGGCGCAGCUUUUGGCGCAAGCCAGUCAGACGAGAUUGGAAGCACAGGAAGCGAUUAGAAAGCUUGGUGCGGACGAGGUGGUCAGGCGCCGCGGGCAUGUGGUUAACUGGCUUUCCGCUCCGGAUGCCGGUUCAGAUCAGGAUCACGGCCACGCUGUGCGAAAAUGCUGUCCCGAGAGUGGGAAAUGGAUACUGGACGACCCGCGUUAUCGUAGAUGGAAUGAUUCGCAAGCGGAGGAAACCCCAUUGCUAUGGGUCAAUGCUAUACCUGGCGCAGGAAAAUCCGUGCUUGCUUCUCUCAUCGUGGAUGAAUCUUUGCCCCUUGCAAAUGUCAUGACGAUCUUCUUCUACUUCAAGCAUGAUCACUCGGAAAAGGAUACCUUUCUGGCCAUGGCUCGCUCCCUUUUACAUCAACUCUCAUUACUAGACGACACGUUAUUGCUAUAUCUAUUUGAGAUCGCAACAAGACGAGGUGAAAAUGUCCUCAAGACGACGAAGCUGGCUAAAGAGGUGCUGACGACUUGUCUAAAUGCCACUGGCAAGGUACGCGCUGUUAUCGACGGGGUGAAUGAGUGCCACGAAAAAGAGCAGAAACACAUUGUGGAAUUCUGGAUCAGACAUUGCGAGGAAUUCAGAUCUGGACCGAAUUCUUGCCGUUGCAUCAUGUUCAGCCAAGAUGAUGCGUCCACACGACCGCUCUUUGCGACCGUACCAGCCAUACGCAUAUAUGGUGAAGCUCACAAUGCUGACAUCCGCGCAUCCUGCACGUCGUGGGGAGAGAAGAUUCAAAGCAAGUUCAAGCUGAGUCGACAAGACACACGGCGGCUUGUGACAGAGACAGCAGAUCGUGCGCAAAGCAUGUUCUUGUUCGCUAACAUAGUCAUGAACAAUCUUUACGAGCAGGUAAGCCAGGCGGAUCUUUUUGCAGAACUGAAUAGUUUUCCCGCUGAGAUUGGUGAUGCAUACGCCCGUGUCGCCCGGAGGGUCUUAGGGCAUGGAAAGCUGCCGUCACAACGUUAUGCUCAUCGACUGUUGUCUUGGGUAGCUUGCGCGAUCAGACCCCUCAAGUGGCGCGAGAUUCAAGUCGCAAUCUCGAUUGAUAACCAGACGGGAGUUGUGGAUUUGGAAAGGAAAUGCCUGAGAGUCACUCUGAUAAAACUCUGUGGUGCCCUGCUGGAAGAGUCGCCUAACGGUGAUAUCGAUUUUGUUCACCACAGUGCUAAGCAAUAUUUGCUCGAUCAAGGCUACGUGGAUCGAGAUGUCGAGCAUCACAGAAUGACCGAGCUCUGUCUUGGCUAUCUCGCCCUUCCAUUGUUUUCUGCACAACGCGCUGAAUCUCAGGCAUACGCAGAUGCGGUGGCGGGCACCUAUGGCUUCUUGGAAUAUGCAAUGGCUUGCUGGACCACACAUCUAGAACACGCGAUCGACGCAAGUCGAGGGAAGGGCCUACCUGGCUCACUUGUACAGACCCUCGAAGCGCUUUUUGACCAUCAUUGGAAGGACCCACGAAAACGCACGAAACCGACCAAACGGAUCACACAGCUGUACGACAGCAUUGCCAACCUUGAUGUCUGUGACAGGGUCAGGGACACAAUGUCAUCCAUGCACAGUCUCAUGACGACCAAUUUGACUGAUCAUAGUGCAGUCGAGACUCUGACUUUGUUUGAGACAACGGUGCGCAUACGCAAUAUCUUGGAACGCUUGCCUCAAACCGAACAGCUUGAGCACUUGUACGGCUCGAGUCUGUUCAAGUGUCCGCGCAUCUACUGCAAGUGGUUCUCCGAGGGUUUCAGUCGGGCUGAGGAUCGGCAAUUGCAUGUCGACAAGCACGAGCGAUCCCACCUCUGUCCACAUCGCUCAUGUCUGCAUGCAACCCUUGGCUUCCCCACUGCGAAAGAACUCUCGCGCCAUCUAGAUGUGGUUCACGGCCAGAUGGCGACAGACGAUACCUUCCCACUCGAGCAAAUCGAUUUCAAGGACCUCGCAACUUUAAGAUCGGAUGUGCCUCGACCGGUGGAGAUUGUACAAGCCCCGGCUAGAUCGAGAGAAGACUCGCAAUCUGGAGACACAUCGCGAGCACGAACGAUAUUGCAAUGCGAACUGUGUUCUAAGGUCUUCACGCGUACAUACGAUCUCCAGUUGCACCUUGCCACUCAUAACGACGAGAGGCCUUUCUCGUGCUCGGUGUGUGGUGCAUGCUUCACCGGGCAAUAUGUACGCGACGAUCACGAAAAGUGGCAUAGAGGGACACGGACGAUCCAUUUGCAGUGGAAAUGAACGCACAUUUUCCAAUGAGAGGGCGAUCUGAAGAUACACUUCCAACGCCUUUCAGAUAUUUCCAAUAGAUUGCGGGCACAACUGCGUGGUUCCAACUUGAAAAUAUUUAUGCCCUGGGCCAAGCGCUGGGCGUUGGGGCUGUGAGCCUGUCACGAUCCCAGUUUCAUCGCCUUCUUUUCCCAGCCCAAGGACCGGUGACAGGCCAGGAAUCUAGAAGCAGCCAACGCAUCAUUUACGGUUCCAGCAGUCGUGCUAUCAACAUUUGCUGUCGAAGUUUGAGUUACCCGGCAAAUCCUGUGUCUCAAAGUACACGUGCAUAGCUCUGCGCGAUUUCGUCGAUGGUUCGCUGCAAAAUAUACUCCGUAUGUUUGAAAGAGGAAACUAACAGCCGCAGUCUCGCUACAGAUCACUGGCGGUUCUCAUCAUAAGCCGGAGAACGCUUCGUACUUUGGGAACGAGCCAAUAGAGGAGAAGGACACCAUCUCGCUUGCCUUCCACCCUCGGCUGUGCUUGCGGUACCUUGGCGUGCAUAUUCAGAUCUCAACGCGCAGACAGUGGCCAAGCACGCACGCGACAAGCUACGACGUCGUUCGAGGCUCCAAGAUGAUUCUGCCCAAUUACAAACCUAGCAGCCGAGUUGGAAGGUAAGGCAAGAC